AUGAUAUGGUGGUUUUUAAUUUCAAUAAAUUUUUUGUUUUUUCUUAUAAAAAGCUUUUUCACCCCCAAAGAUACGACUUAUAUGAACGACAUAAAUAACAACCAGGACAGUGGGUCGACAGAAAAAUACAUUCUGGGCGAAAACUACAACCUGACGAGUCUGAAGCUGAAGAUCGACUUCGGAUCGGUAGACACCGGGACGAAGAUAAUCGAGUACAGCAAGGGAAUUAUAAACAUCCGAUCGAUUCAACAAUACGACUAUGACAGUUACAUGCUGACGCCAUGCAAUUCAGACAUCUGGUGGAUCUACUCAUUCAGUGACAUUAUACAUAUCGAGAAAAUCGGAUUAGUCUCACUAGAGCAUUAUGCGUCAAAUUUCAAAGUUAUCGAAAUAUUAGGCAGUGAUGUAUACCCUACAAAAAAAUGGAAAAAGUUAGGAAAAAUUGCCACCAAUUUUACAAAGAGCUUUGAACUCUUUAACAUAUAUGAUUAUUGUAAAAAUUACGAUGAAGAUAACUGUUGGGUGAAGUAUAUGAAGUUUGUUGUCCUUUCUCAUCACAACUUAGAAAAUAAUUAUUACUGUACUUUAACACAUCUGCAAAUUUUUGCUUCAUCUGGUGUUGAUAUGCUCAGUGAUAAAAUAUACUCGGAUGAUAACAUCACUCAGAUUGAAAAAGAUUUCCACGACAAUUACAAGCAUGAGAAGAAUGAAAACAUUCGCGACCAUGAGAUCAUAGAAAAUUUGGAGGUCCUCCUUGAGGACAAAGAGCGGAUGCAGAGUGGAGGCACUGCACCAGGACCAAGCCACUGGCGAAAUGAACAGAAACACGUAGAUAAGGCGCGCGACGAGGAUGCACUGCACUUACCAGAAAUGCAGACGAUCGAAAGGCACAUGACCGAAACCAUGGCAACAGACCAAUUACCCAAGGGUGCACCCCCCUCGACGAUGUCCAACUUUACCCCCUUUGAAGGCUUCUUCCUAGAUCCAGAAACGAUAGAGGAAGAAUUAAUAGACACAGAUCUUAUCGAUUCAAAGCUGAUAGACACAGAAUUGAUCAAAAAGGAACUUAUGGACACGGAACUCAUCGAAAAAGAACUAAUGAACGCUGAACUUGUCGAGAGAGACUCCAAGAGUAGUAACAUUAACGAACCUUCACUUGAUCAUUUAACAGAACAAAUAGGAAACGUGUUUGAUGAAAAAAGAAACCAUGAAAGGAACACCAUGAAGGAGGAUGAAGUGAAUACAAGUCAACAUAAGGAUGAAGAGAAAGACAACGUUAGUGUGCCCUCGUAUGUAGCCACAAAACAGAAGGUGCUAGGCCAGAAAAGAUACAAACAAGCCGUCUCACCUCACUCGAUAGCCAUCCUAAACAAAGAUGUCAAGAAAAAAUAUGCUGUACUUCAAAAUUUUAACAAACUCAGGAUAUCCAACCUUUUAAAAAAUUACCCAUUCGUGAAUUACAAAAAUGUGGUCAACAAGUACAUGCCUUACAUUGCCUACCUGAUGAGGUAUAAGGACGAGCUCAGUUACGCUCACUAUAACGUAAAAGACGCCAUCCGAAUGGAUCGCUUUUUUACCCCCGUAGAGGAUGCACCUCUUGGGAGAAGCACAGUGGAGAAGUAUUUACCCACACGUGGGCAAUUUCUUUCCCCAUUCCGUUUGCUCGUGAUGAGGGUCUUUCCAAAAUUGCACAGUCGUGUGAAUAUCCCAAGGCACGUUCCUCCCCACAGUGCAACGACUCGACACACUUCUGACAAAAGGACCAUUCCAGCGAGUCCGAGUGGGACACCACCAAGGCCACUUCCUCAAGUACACUGCUACAACUACGGGGCUAUAAAAAACGUGCAAAAUAGUAUACUGCAGAAUAGGCGUAUGUACCCGCUCCUGACUAUAUGGAAGCCCCGUUUUCUGUGCAAUCUCGAUAUGGUCUGCUUGAAAAAACAUGCGGGGGACAUUAACAAAUUUCUUACCUUUAGAGGUAACCUAAUCAAGUUCACCAUCCGAAAGUAUCUCGUGUUCAUAUCUAGAAAGGGAUUGCCCCUCCCAGGGAGGAGAAGGAGGCAUAAAAUUCUGAAGAAGAAAAAAAGGAAAAUAAGAAAAAAAAGGGGAAUGCUCAGAAACCUCUUCUUAUCAAAACAGUUUAAUAAAAUAGGACAUAUAAAAAAAUUACACCUUUUUUAUUCACCCAUUUUUCGUUUCCCAACAUGCGAUGCAUCGAGGUCUCGCCCACACAAGGAGGAGGAGGAAGACCCUCUCAUGACUUAUAUUUGGGAAAAGAUGCAGCAACAGAAUAGAAUAAAGGACCUGCAAAUUUUAACCCCUCUAAAGGAACAACCACAGGACAGCUUGAUAAUGAUCUACCUCUUCGAAAAAAUAACAAAGGGACGCGCGACACACAACUUGGAGAGCCUCAAAUGGUGCUUUGAUUUCAUGACCAAGUGGAAAAACACAUUCAACUCAGUAUUGCUUAUGUCUUUCAUGAGAUGUGCCCCACUAGCUAGUCUGCGCAAUCGUGGCAGUUGUGUGGAUAUAUUGAAGAAUGGGCUUCUUUUGAAGAAGAAAAGCAAAUCAACACUUGAGAAGGAACUACAGAGUCUUUUUUUUGCGCAUUUCGAGAGAAGCAGAACAUGCAAAAGGCACGAUCGUCUGCAGGGAACGGAUUUGUCGUAUUAUGCCUACAGGGAGGAGGAUGAUGAGCAGGUGGAUGAAGAGCUGGAGGAUGCGGAUAGUGAGGAGUACUACAUAGAUGAGGAGUACUAUCCUGAUGGGGAAUCCUUCCCAGUGGAACCACCCCACCCCAGGGAGCCGCACCACCCGAAGGACCCCCCUAUAAAUCACCAAGAUCGUGUCGAAACUCCCCCUUUGAAUGUUGAAUCCCCCCCAACCAUUAACACCCUUACGCUGUAUCUGCACAUGUUAAGACGAAAAAACAUACACUCGCGCUACCACACCAUGGCGCUGAUGAGAAGCCCCAGCGAUAUGAAGCUCAUGUCCAAACUGGUGGCAGAUAUAUGCAGUAGCCUGUCUAGCCGCAGAAUUGGAGAGGACCUAACGAAGAGAGAAAGCUACGUAAGAGGCCUCAUCUCGGAUCAUAUGGCAAAUUGCACGACAAAUUACCUUUUUUCAGAAAAAUUACCCACUGCUAAGAGUAAGCUAGUUUACACCAUUUCGGCUUGGAUGGGGGAAGCCACCCUCAUGGGCCUCUCCCACAGGGUGAAAAAUAGAGGAAGAUUAUUUCGCCCCUCACAGAAGGAGGGAAGUGUACAGGAAAAAGAAGAGCAAGGUUUGCAAUAUCGAAAAAAAGCCCGGUGCGAAGCGAUUACAGAACUUUUUGUGGACCUAAUUACAUGUCGUUUAUCCGUUUGGAGAACCAGCUUAGAAAGAGAAAAAAAAGGCAUAACGGAAAAUGAGCAGAGUGCGACGACAGGGGGAAGUACUGGCCAUCUGGAGGAGCAGUCAAAAAGGGCAUAUCAGAAAGAAGAGGCCAUCCAAAGAAGUCAACGUGGUCACUUCGACGAGGCGAACAUGUGCCUAACCCUAGGAGAAAUAGAAAACAUGAUAUACUCAGAUAGAUAUCUAAAACAGUACGUAGACGAAGCAGGGAUACACAAAGAAAUGCACAAGAAGGACAAAAUGAAAAAUAUUAUAAAUGUAAAAUACAAACAGAAAAACAAUGACAAAAGUAUAAAAAUCUUGAACGAAAUAAAAGAAACAGAAAAAAGCAACAGCAAACUUGUUAACGAAGUGUACGAUAUCAUUAGUGAAUAUGAUGAUAAUAACGAGUCGAAAAUAUAUUCUGUCAAAUUAAAAUCGGGAAAACAAAUCCCAUUAAUUAUUAACAAACCAGAAAAUAAAAUGAAAGAAAAAGUAAUAAACAAUGAAGCAAAAAGAAAAAAUAUUAAAGAUAAUAAAUUACAAUACCUUGACGAAUUGGACCAUGUGCUGAAUGAUCACAUCCAGUACGAUCAUUAUGAACAAAAUUGCAUACGAGAAGAAAAAAUUGAAGAAAAAGCAAAAAAUACAAGAGGACAUGCCCUACUAACAUUAGUGGACAAAGUAAAAACCAUCGAAAAUAAAAAUAAUUACGUAAUUUCGAAAUUGAAAGAUGUCAUAAAAAUUACCAACAACAAAACGAAAAUCAUAUAUCACAUGUUGUCCAAUUUUAAAAUUUUACAAAACACAAUUAGCCUUCUGCUAAAAUAUAUCAUGAUAAACGAAAAAAAUAUGAAAAAUUUACACAAAAACAGAAACAAGUCAGAAUCCUUCUUCAAAAUAUUGAAAGAUAUAUGCAUUUUACAAAUUAAUGAAAAAAAACAACAUUUUGAUUCACUCCACUAUAUUUGCAAAUAUUUACAAGAUUUACUAUACGAUGAGAUAGAGAAAAUAUAUCUUUUCGAAAAACCCACAAGAGGAGGAGCACCAGGAGUAGGGGCAGGCGCAGGUGGGGGAAGAAGAACGACUGCUGCCAACGGCGGAAGCACUUCUGCCUCCAUGGGCGCAAAGUUUCCACUAUGUGAUGAAGAGGAAGAAAAUAUGCUGCUACAUAAUAAAAAUUCCUUUCACGAUAAAAAUCCCAAUUUUAUUUUUAAAGAAAAAAAAAGAAAUAUAUUCAAUUUUUUGUAUUAUGAAAAUCAUUGUCAUAACGACAUAUUCAAGACCCCCCUCAUUUAUUAUAACUCUUCGGUGGACAGCCUUCAAACGUUUUAUUUUAAAAUUUACAAUUUUUUCAAGAAUUUAACCCUUUUUCGCUACAUUGUGUAUAAAUUUAGGCACUACAAGAGGAUGCUUAUCAGUUACCUUACCGGGGGCGAUGUCGUUGCGCAGUCUACCGGUUCACAGUUUAACGGUGCACCGCACACCGGUUCACAGUUUAGCGGAUCUCAGUUUGGCGGUGCGUACGGAGCUCCUCAGGAGACAGGGAAUCUGUACGCCUUCUUUUUGGGCCUCGUCCUGAUAAUUUUCCUCAUAAAUAAUUUUUUCUGUUUCCUCUUGUACAAGCAUUUAUCGAAUAAGUUGAACAGGUUCGUUCAGGGCUGCAACUGCCACAGGAAGUGA